GAAUUAUUUUAAGGGUGGCAACGCCAGCUGAGUGUUGACGGCAAAUUUUGUUUACCUUUUUGUGCAAUUGAUGUUUAUUGACAAUUCGUAUAUUGUAUUACUCAAUAAUAACAAUGACUGGUAAAUCAAAAGCAGAUUCGGAUGUGUCAACACCAGCAGAAAAACAUCAAACGAGUGAGGACGCCAAAGAAGCCGCCAAAGUGGAUGAACUAUUUUCGCUGGAAACCCUGCGUGAAUCGCCGGUACAAUGGCCAGAACGCUUUCCCGGCAUGGAAGAGUUUGUAACUAUGAGUGAUACACCAAUCCACAGACCAAGCGUUGACUGUAGCCAAAUCCCCACCAAAGUCAAUAUGGCUGCCAUUAACCAAUUUGCCCGUCUACCGCCCGAACAGCUGGUGGAGAAGAUUAAAGCAAUGCACGAUCAAAUCUAUAGAUUAGGCCUACGAGAGUCCAAGGAAAUGACACGUGGUAAAUUGCUGGGCAUCUUCGAUCGCGACCGGCUGACCAAAGCGAAAGCCCUGCGCAAUUGAUUACGACUGACUUACAAAUUCAAUUUUUACAACUAUAUACAUACAUAAUUAUUCAUAUAUUCAUUAUUUUUCCUGAUGUCUUAAAUUGUACAGUUAUAAGCGCGUGCUAUGCAUUUAUGCUAGUCAACAAUAAAUAACAUUUAUUUCCAUUAAA